AUGUCGAAACAUUUACAACAAGCAGCAACAUUAGCAUUCGGGUUAGUCGAACGACUUUUAUUGAACCCUACGGUUCGUAUUCACAAUGUGGACAAGACUACUGAAAAGUUACAAAAGAUCCUUCAAGAUGGCAGAAAGAAUCUUCAUUUUAUCAGUGAUUUUGACAUGACCAUGUCUCGUCAUUGGGUUAGAAACAAGGAUACAGAUGCUUUAGAACGUAAUGCUUCCUCUCAUGGGAUUCCUGCUAGAUAUGAUAAAAUGACACCAGAG